AUGUUCAAAAUCUACUCGUUCCCCCAGUUCCCUGAAACUCAAGUCUUUGCGGCCUACUUCUCAAACGUCUCUAACCAGGAAUCCAUCAAAAACAGCCUUCUAGCCGCAGACCCAAACUACAACUACGCAUUUGUCAACGGCGACUAUCUCGUUUCCCAAGAACAAAUCCUUUCUGCAGUGUAUAAAGCCCUUCUUGACGACUCUUUCAACCGCAAAAAGUCCAAAUCCAUCAACUCUGAAAUCAUCUACAACUUAUCUCCCUUGAAAAACAUCCUCGAGUGUUUGAAAACGUUUGGAGUCUCUGAAAGUCCACAUCUUUUGGCUAUUAAACUUAUUAACAAAAAAGACGAUCCCUUGUUGAUCCAACAGAACCUCCAAUCUAUUGUCAAAGGAACACCAUUGGACAUUUCAGAUAAACUUCUACAGGAGAACUCCGACUUGACAAAGAUCCACAAACUGUUCAACACCCAAGACUCCGAUUUCCAAAGUCUCUCUAGAACUCUAGCCACAAACACACAGCUGAAAAACCUCUAA